AUGGUGGGAAAAAGGAAGAGAGACGCGGCUGUCAUCUCCCGGGCUACGACAUCGACAGACGAAGAGACUCCGCAAAAAACGCCCGAUGCGUCUGCUAAUGACAUUUUCCGCAAAUUCUUCGAAGCGCAGUUUCAACCAUUGGAGGUGCCUGGGGGGCAGGUAGCCCGCAAUGAUGAAUCCGAGGAAGAGAGCGAGGAUGAGGACUUUGAAGGAUCGGAGUCGGGUUCUGAUUGGAGUGGUCUCUCUGGAGAAGAAGCGGAAGAGGUUGAGGUCGAGGUAGUCGAGCACCGCGAUGCCAAAACUCAAGAUCUGAUGGAUAAAAGAGCGCGAAAGGCGUUCAUGACCUCAAAACCGCCCUCGUCUUCCGAAGAACAGACCCCCGCCAAGAAGGUCAAGAAAGACAAAGGUGAUGAUGAGGACGAGGCCACCGAUGCCGAUAAUCUCAAGAAUGACCUGGCCUUGCAACGGCUUCUCAAGGAGUCUCAUCUGUUGGAGUCCGCAUCCGACCUUGCGCCAACCGGCAAAAACCGAAUCAAGGCUCUUGAUCUAAGGAUGCAGGAAAUCGGCGCCAAGUCGUCACUGUAUAAGCAGAGUAUGCCGUCGUCGCACAGGAGAGGCAUCAAAGCCAAGGCGGACAUGAAGGAGGACAGGCGUCGUCGUGAGGCCAGAGAGAAUGGCAUCAUUCUGGAGAAACCCGCGCCCAAAUCGAACGUCACCAACAAUAAGCGACGGGAACGUGGUGUUGGAGGUUCCUCUAUCGGAAAAUUUGCGGGCGGUUCCCUAAACCUGAGCAAACGCGACGUGGCCGCCAUUCAAGGUCCGCGCCGGUCGACAAAGGGAAAGUCCAAAGGGCGUCGUUAG